GAAUUCCUACGCAAACAUAUUAUACCAAAAGUGUUGUUCACGAGUGCUCUUCAAGUGAAUAAUGAGACAAAUAUCACGCAUAAGGAGCAGGCAUUGAGUGGCGAUUCACUUAAGAUAUUUAGGAAACCCAAUUGUGUUUCAGUCAAUGGCAUUAUCCUAUCGUUCGCAGACAUCACCGCAACCAAUGGUGUUCUUCAUAUUAUUGAUCACACGAUAUAAAUAAAAUUUAUAAAAUAAAUUGAUACGAUUCAAUAUGUUUUUGUCCUAUUUUUAUGAAUAAAAUCACAAGAAACUAACAUUAAGUAUUUUUAUUGUAAAUUUAUAUGACGUUCACGACAUAUAUGACAGAAUAACUACCAUUCCUAUCAUUUCGUAUGCAACUAAAACAUAAUUGCCUCGCUAAUGUUGCCCUCCCCUCUCACUUAUAACAUUUGCAAGCU